UCUCUAGGGUUUCUCUAUCUGGUCCCAUUCUGGUCAAGAAUCUGAACCUUUAAUGGUGAGAGAUUUUCGCCGCUGAAGAACAAAUUAAUGGAGCAGCUCGAUUACAUUCUGGUUCCAUUAGGAAUCGCACUGUUUAUUUCAUACAACUUUUGGCUUCUUUUCGCCAUACUUCGCUAUCCUAAACGAACUGUUAUCGGCCUUAACGCCGAGAGCCGUCGUCAAUGGGUAUUCUCCAUGAUGUCAGAUCCUCUGAAAAAUGGUGUCUUGAUAGUUCAAACACUUCGUAACAACAUAAUGGCAUCUUCACUUAUGGCAACAGCAGCAAUUACUUUAUGUUCAUUGAUAAGUGUUCAAGUAAGCAAUAAAGCAGGUUUUCCUAAUUUAUCAUCUGAAAUUGGAAAAGGUUACAAACGAUUUGUAGCUUCUUCAUCAGUAAAACUGUUAUCAAUCUUGAUUUGUUUCCUAUUUGCCUUCAUUUGCAAUGUUCAAUCAGUAAGAUAUUAUGCUCAUGUUAGUUUCUUGGCUACUUUACCCACAUCAAAAGAUAGGAAGGAAUCAAUUGAAUAUGUGAUAUCAAAUUUGAGCAGAGGAAGCUACUUUUGGUCAUUAGGAUUAAGAGCUUUUUACUUCUCAUUUCCUUUGUUCAUUUGGCUAUUUGGUGCUAUACCCAUGUUUUUAAGUUGUUGUGUUAUCUCAUUUGUUCUUUAUUUCUUGGAUACUACAUCUCUUUGUACUCAACUUCUUCAUAGCCAUUCUAUGAAUGGUGAAAGUGUAAUAGCUAUUGAUGUGGAUGCCCUAGAAGGGUAAUGAAUUUGGUUGUA